CGGGACUCGUGACAUUUUCGCUCCGCCAACUCUACAGACCAGCUCUCCAAGUGGGGCUUUGGGCGCAUGGAACAGAACUCUAUAUGAUCACAAUUUCUAACACGAACUAUCUUCUAGAAGGGUGAAACCUCGUGUGGCGUAUCGUGGUUCCUUGACGCAAGAUCAAUCGUUCAGCUCUCUUGCGACUUUUCACCCAUAGAGCUUCUCCCGAAUACUCCGAUAAAAUAGCUUGAAAAUGGCUAAGCCACUCACGAAGAAUACUCUGACUGCUGGGAUAGCGCGUAUCAGUGUGGGGACCGACGAUACCCCUUUUGAUGUGCACUUAGAACUGUUAUGCGACCACUCGCCCUACUUUGACGAUCUUUAUGCGGACCGAGCUCAGAGUCCUGUCACAGAACUUCCUAUUCAUUUCCCAGACGACGAUCCUGAUGUAUUCUCCGUACUCAUUAGUUGGAUGUAUUGUGGUCAAAUAGCUGUGAAACCCCAAAGUGUGCUCUUCUUGAUUAAACUCUGGGUACUUGCUGGGAAAUUUGAAAUGGUGGAACUGCAGAACAACGUCAUUUCCCUUUGCAAAACUUGGAUUGAUAGCAAAAGUGACACAGCCUUUGAUGACCACACAAUCCAUUAUGUCUACUCUCAUACCCUGCCCAAGUCCCCACUGCGCCUACUUGUGAUAGAUACAUGGGUGCGAAGUGCGACUAAGUCGCGAUUUUUGGGCAGUGACAAUCUCCCUCGCGAGUUCCUUGAAGAGCUUUGCUGCGCCUUGAUUGAGUGGAAAGAAGGCAGUAUGGAAUCGCUUGGUCACACAAAUACCGCAUCACGCUAUUUUGUGCCCACUUCUCCGGUGCAAGACUCCGGCAGAGAAAUUCCUAGGCGAAGAGAGGUGUGCGAAAUUAAGCGACUUGCUACCCCCGACCAAAUAAGAAACAGGAAGUUCAAGCGUCCUUCCCCACGUAUUCGCAAAGCCUCUCCUGCGUCUUCUCUGCGUGUCAUGACACCGAUCUCUACAGACACCGAGAAUGAUUCUAACAGCCAGAUUACUUCUGGCAUGAGCUCCUUACAAGUUUGAGUCCUUCCUGUGAGCAAGGUAGAGUGAAAUGCUUAGUAGGAAUACCU